AAGCCGAAAAAUCUCACAGCCCCACAAAUCGGUCUCCUCCAAAUUUCCUUUGGCCCCAAGCCAAUCUCUCUCUCUUCUUUUUUUUUUCCUAUAAAUACUCUCUCUCACUCUCUUCCUCUCUCUUACUAUUUCUCGUGUGUCUUGGUUUCUCUCCAGACCAGAGAAACCUCUUCCCCCCCUCAAAAAAAAGAAAAAAAAAAAAAAAAAAACACAAAAGGCUUCAAGGAAGUUAACCCCCCCGAAUUAGUAGCACCAACAAGAAAAUAAAAAAAAGAAGAAGGAAUUUUGAUCGGAAUCCUAGAAACAGAGAGUGUGAUCAAGAAAGUUUCUCCUUUGGGUAUCGUCUCUGAUCAGUUUGUAGAGGAGGUGUUUUUUUUUCCUUUCUAUAUUCUUUUGGGUUGUUGCUGGACAUUUGGGAGUCGUUUCUGUUCAAUAUAGAAACGGUCUUGGGUUUGCUUUGCUCGGAAAUGAGUUCUCAGGUCCGAAAUGAGCGAAGAGAUAGACCUAGGAUCCCUACCCACACUGCUCGUCGUGAGUGGGUUCCAAGGGGAUCCUCUACAGCCACUGUUGUGAACCAGCCAUCAAACCUCAAUUCAGACUCAAGUGAAAGUGGCAGCCAACAGUCGAGCUUGUAUUCAACCUCAAAUGAAAAUGGAAGCCAACGUUCGAGCUCGAAUUCCAACCCAAAUGGAAAUGGCAACCAGUCCUCUAGCUUUAAUUCAAACCCAAAUGGAAAUGUCAGAGAUUCAAACUUUAACUCUCCCCCCUAUGAGGGUCGCUAUAGGGGAAAUCAUAGUUCGAGGGGUCACGUAAGUCGGCCAGCAAAUCAGAGGAGGGAGAGGGAGAGAAGUGAGAAUCAGGAGGUGAGGGGUUUGAAAGAGAGGAAUAUAAAUCAGGGUGGAAGAGGAUUGAGGGAUUCCAAUUUGCCUCAGCUUGUGCAAGAAAUUCAGGAGAAACUGAUGAAGGGGACUGUAGAAUGCAUGAUUUGUUACGAUAUGGUGCGGAGAUCUGCACCUGUUUGGUCGUGCUCGAGCUGUUUUUCAAUUUUCCAUCUGAAUUGUAUUAAAAAAUGGGCUCGGGCACCCACCUCAGUCGAUCUUUCUGCAGAGAAAAGCCAAGGGUUCAAUUGGCGGUGUCCUGGAUGUCAGUUUGUUCAGCUCACCUCAUCAAAGGAGAUUCGGUAUGUUUGCUUUUGUGGUAAGAGGCCAGAUCCACCUUCUGAUUUAUAUUUAACACCGCAUUCAUGUGGGGAGCCAUGUGGAAAGCCGCUUGAGAAGGAUGUCCCAUGUGCUGGAGGGAGCAAGGAGGAUCUUUGCCCUCAUGUUUGUGUAAUGCAGUGCCACCCUGGUCCAUGCCCUCCUUGUAAAGCUUUUGCUCCACCACGGAUAUGCCCAUGUGGAAAGAAAGUGAUUACAACAAGAUGUUCUGAUCGGAAGUCUGUUCUUACUUGUGGUCAGCGUUGUGAUAAGCUUCUAGAAUGUUGGCGACAUAGGUGUGAGCGUAUUUGCCACGUGGGUCCUUGUGAUCCAUGUCAUGUUCUGGUCAAUGCUUCCUGUUUCUGCAAGAAAAAUAUGGAGGAAGUUCUGUGUGGAGAUAUGGCUGUAAAGGGAGAGGUGAAAGCAGAAGAUGGUGUCUUUUCAUGUGGUUCCAUUUGUGGGCAGAAACUCAGCUGUGGGAAUCAUGUUUGCGGGGAAAUUUGCCAUCCAGGCCCUUGUGGAGAGUGUGACUUAAUGCCAAGCAGGAUUAAGACGUGCCAUUGUGGAAAAACAAUGUUGCGGGAGGAGCGGAAGAGCUGUUUAGACCCAAUUCCAACUUGUUCACAAAAAUGUGGUAGGUCUCUUCCUUGUGGGAUGCACCACUGUGAAGAGGUGUGCCAUGAUGGUGAUUGCCCUCCUUGUUUGAUUAAAGUCACCCAAAAGUGCCGUUGUUCAUCAACUUCUCGAACAGUGGAAUGCUAUAGAACAACUACAGGCGAUAAAUUUACUUGUGAUAAGCCUUGUGGGUGGAAGAAGAGCUGUGGGAGGCACCGGUGUAGUGAGCGGUGCUGUCCUCUUUCUAAUUCAAGCAAUAUUGUCUCAGGGGAUGGGGAUCCACACUUUUGUUCAAUGCCGUGCGGGAAGAAGCUAAGGUGUGGGCAACAUUCAUGUGAGUCUCUAUGCCACACUGGUCAUUGCCCUCCUUGCCUUGAAACAAUAUUCACUGAUUUAACUUGUGCAUGCGGGAGGACUUCCAUUCCUCCUCCAUUGCCUUGUGGUACACCCCCUCCUUCAUGUCAGCUCCCAUGUUCAGUACCUCAGCCUUGUGGCCAUUCCUCAUCUCACAGCUGCCACUUUGGAGACUGCCCCCCUUGUUCAGUGCCUGUAGCGAAGGAGUGCAUUGGUGGACAUGUAGUUCUCAGGAAUAUUCCAUGUGGAUCAAAGGAUAUCAGAUGUAACAAGCUCUGUGGGAAAACCAGGCAAUGUGGUAUGCAUGCUUGUGGCAGGACCUGUCAUCCACCACCUUGUGAUAGUUCAAUGGGUUGUGAACCAGGUGUAAAAUCUUCCUGUGGGCAGACAUGUGGGGCUCCUAGGAGAGAUUGCAGGCAUACAUGUACUGCUCCUUGUCACCCUUCUGCACUUUGUCCUGAUGUAAGAUGUGAUUUCCCUGUCACUAUCAGUUGUUCUUGUGGUCGGAUAACGGCAACUGUUCCUUGUGAUGCUGGUGGCAGCAGCAGUAGUUUCAGUGCUGAUACUGUAUAUGAUGUUUCAAUCGCUCAGAAGCUGCCUGUACGACUUCAACCGGUUGAAGCUACUGGCAAAAAGAUUCCACUUGGACAGAGGAAGCUUAUUUGUGAUGAUGAGUGUGCUAAGAUGGAGCGUAAACGGGUUCUUGCAGAUGCAUUUGAUAUAACUCCUCCGAACUUGGAUGCUCUUCAUUUUGGUGAGAAUUCUGUUGUUUCUGAGUUGCUUGCAGACCUCUUCAGACGUGAUCCCAAGUGGGUAAUAUCCGUGGAAGAGAGAUGCAAGUAUUUGGUACUUGGCAAGAGCAAAGGAACUACCAGUGGUCUUAAAGUUCAUGUUUUCUGUCCAAUGCUGAAAGAUAAAAGAGAUGCAGUUAGGGUAAUUGCUGAGAGGUGGAAGCUCACAGUUAGCGCUGCUGGCUGGGAGCCAAAGCGUUUUAUUGUGGUUCAUGUUACACCCAAGUCGAAAGCCCCACCUCGUGUUCUUGGUGUUAAGGGUACCACCACUGUGAGUGCACCCCAUCCUCCUGCAUUUGAUCCUCUGGUAGACAUGGAUCCAAGGCUAGUAGUUUCUUUUCCGGAUUUGCCUAGAGAUGCGGAUAUAAGUGCGUUGGUCUUGAGGUUUGGUGGGGAAUGUGAACUUGUCUGGUUGAAUGACAAGAAUGCACUGGCUGUGUUUCAUGAUCCGGCCCGAGCAGCAACUGCAAUGAGGAGAUUGGAUCAUGGAACAUUAUAUCAUGGGGCUAUUAUGGUUCAUCCAACUGCUGGUGUAUAUGGAGCAUCGUCAGGAACAAAUGCUUGGGGUGGAGCGGGGAUAUCUAAAGAAGGAGGAGCAGCACUCAAGGGUAAUCCAUGGAAGAAGGCUGUAGUUCAUGAAUCUGCUUGGAAAGAAGAUUCAUGGGGUGAGGAAGAAUGGUCUGGUGGUUCUGUUGAUAUGCAGUCAUCAGUGUGGAAGAAAGAAGCUCCACUUGCAACCUCAUUAAAUCGUUGGAAUGUUUUAGACUCUGAAACUGCUUUGAGUUCAUCAUCUACCUCCGUCAGAAUUAAGGAUUCUGGAAAGCAAGCUGCCGGGGGUCCAUCUUCAAGCUCGGAAGAUACAAAAGACUUGAAUUCAGUGGCACAGCAUGGAAAAAUUAUAACUAUGACAGAAAAUUCUGAAGUGGUGGAUGACUGGGAGGACGCUUAUGACAAUAUAACAUAGAACAUUACAUGCAUAUGCUAAAAUUUUAGGAUCAUGGACAGGGAAAUGAGGUAUUUUGUCACCUUCCCGUCUGUUUUGUUUCAUAUUUUGGCUAUCCUGCAGCGGCAUUCUUUCACUUUUUGAGAUUUUCUUCUGUUGCAUCUCCCAUUACCUGACAUGGGUGUCUGCUAAGAAUUUUUUUUUUAUUAUUUUUUUUAAAUUCUACUUUUCUGCCUUGGAAUUGUGGAGGCAGCAAGGGUGUGUUCUGCUGUGGGAAAAACAUUCCUUUUGUAUAUGUGAAUUUUCAUUGUAUUGAAGAAUCUAGUAACUAUGUUUUGAACCUGCUACAAUCACAUCUUUUAUUCGUCA